GCCGUAGUCACGUGUUCAGACCCGGUAGUGAAGAGAACACGCUGCUCUCUGAGGAUCGCGCUGAGCUGCUCAAACUCGGUUUGGACCGGUUUGGACCGGGUUUAGAUCUGCUUUAGAUCAGGGUUUAGUGUUGGUCUGUCUCUGUGUGUGUGUGACGUCAUGUCGGUGGUCGGCUCAGUACCUGGACAGUUUGAUGACGCAGAGGAGGACAGCGACCAAUCAGAGCUGUCAGCUGUUCAGAGUCAGAUCAGUGAUGUCACUCUGCAGCCUUCAUCAGACCGAGAGGAGGAGGAGGAUGAAGAAGAUGAAGAUGAUGAUGAAGAUGAAGAGUGGGCGUGGCGUUCAGCAGGAGAUCUGACUAAAAGAUACAACCGGACGAGUCUCAACUGUCAGGCCAACAGACAGAAUCCGUCCAAUAAGAUGCUGCCGUCAACUCCGUCUGAUAAAGCUCUGAGGAAAUAUGAACACAAGAUCAACCUGGAUAAACUGAAUUACGCCGACUCAGUGAUCAAUAAAGUGACGACGAUGCAGAAACAAAAAGACUCCGACACGUACAGAGUGAAGGACAAAUCGGAUCGAGCCACAGUCGAACAGGUUUUGGAUCCUCGAACUCGAAUGAUUCUCUUUAAGAUGUUGAGUCGAGGAGUCAUCUGCGAAAUCAACGGCUGCAUCAGUACGGGGAAGGAGGCUAACGUUUAUCACGCCAGCACCUCUGCAGGAGACAGCAGAGCCAUCAAGAUCUACAAGACCUCCAUCCUCCUGUUCAAAGACCGAGACAAAUACGUCAGCGGAGAGUUCAGGUUCCGUCACGGUUACUGUAAAGGAAACCCCAGGAAGAUGGUGAGAACGUGGGCAGAGAAGGAGAUGAGGAACCUCAUCAGGCUGCAGACGGCAGGAAUCCCGAGUCCAGAACCUCUGCUGCUCAGAAGUCAUGUUCUGCUGAUGAGCUUCAUCGGAAAAGACAACAUGCCGGCUCCUCUGCUGAAGAACGCAUCAUUGUCAGAGUCAAAGGCUCGUGAGCUCUACCUGCAGGUUCUACAGAACAUGAGAAAGAUGUUCCAGGAGGCUCGACUCGUCCACGCCGACCUCAGCGAGUUCAACAUGUUAUAUCACAACGGAGACGCUUACAUCAUCGACGUGUCACAGUCGGUAGAGCACGAUCAUCCUCACGCUCUCGAGUUCCUCAGGAAGGACUGCAGCAACGUCAACGAGUUCUUUGUUAAACGCGGUGUGGCGGUUAUGACGGUCAGAGAGCUGUUUGACUUCAUCACCGACCCAUCAAUCACCUGCCACAACAUCGACCAGUACCUGGAGAAGGCGAUGGUGAUUGCAGCUGAGCGGACGUCGGAGCAGCGAUCAGAUCAGGACAGAGUGGACGAAGAAGUGUUUAAGAAGGCCUACAUCCCUCGCACUCUGACGGAGGUGAGUCACUACGAGCGAGACGUCGACCUGAUGAAGUCCAAGGAGGAGGAGUCAGCCAUCUGCGGACACAACGACAAUGUCCUGUAUCAGACGCUGACCGGACUGAAGAAGGAUCUGUCUGGAGUUCAAACGGUUCCUGCUCUCCUGGAGGACGGCCGGUCUUCGUCCUCGGAGGAGGAAGAGGAGGAGGAGGGAGAGGAGGACGACAAAGAGGAAGAUCGGCAGGAGCAGAGUGAGGAAGCCUCCGUGGACAAAAAGGAGAAGAAGAAAAUGGUGAAGGAAGCUCAGAGAGAAAAGAGAAAACACAAAUUACCGAAACACGUGAAGAAGAGGAAAGAGAGAGUGUCCAAGAUGAAGAAAGGCAAAUGAUGACUUCCUGUUUGUCGAUGUGUGAACUUGAAAACUGAACAGAAACGCCGCCUCUGUUUCUGUUAGAAGCAGCCAAUCAUGGGUGAGCGUUCACCCGUCACCGUGGAGACAGAGGUUCGGCUUCACCUCAUGAGACGCAGAUUUAAAUCCUUCCUGCAGCGAUCACAGGACACCUGAUGACAUCACCACGUUGCGUCUGACCUGACCUUCCGUUAAUGAUGUUACCUGUACUGCAGGUGUGCAGCUGUACUUCAGCAACACAACAAAGAUCUGCGUCUUCCGAAGAAGCAAAACUCUCAAUAAAACAUUUAAUCGUG